AUGGCGACCCAGAGUGGGAUGAGAGAGUGCUGUAGACCCAGCAGGAGAAGGAGCACUGAGAGCAGCAUGGAGGAGAACAAAGAGACCCCCAGAACUCAGAGACCCAGCAGGAGAAGGAGCACUGAGAGCAGCAUGGAGGAGAACAAAGAGACCCCCAGACCUCAGAAACAGAGAAGAAGAAAGGAACCCAAACCAUACAGCUGUACCCAGUGUGGGAACACCUUUUCUCAGAAAGGUCAUCUUAAGAUGCACGAACACAUUCAUACUGGAGAGAAACCAUACAGCUGUACCCAGUGUGGGAACACCUUUUCUCAGAAAGGUCAUCUUAAGAUGCACGGACGCAUUCAUACUGGAGAGAAACCAUACAGCUGUGAAGAGUGUCGGAAAACUUUCAGUACAUCAAGUGAACUCACAGUGCAUCGUCGUAAUCACACGGGAGAGAAACCAUUCUGCUGUGACCAAUGUGGGAAAACCUUUUCUGAUAAAGGUCAUCUUAAAAUCCACGAACGCAUUCAUACUGGAGAGAAACCAUAUAGCUGUGAAGAGUGUGGGAAAACAUUCACUACAUCAAGUCAUCUUACAAGCCAUCAUCGCGUUCACACUGGAGAGAAACCAUACAGCUGUACCCAGUGUGGGAACACCUUUCCUCAGAAAGGUAGUCUUAAGAUGCACGAACGCAUUCAUACUGGAGAGAAACCAUACAGCUGUACCCAGUGUGGGAAAACCUUUUCUCAGAAAGGUCAUCUUUCAUCCCACCAGCGUAGCCACACCGGAGAGAAACCAUACAGCUGUGAAGAGUGUGGGAAAACAUUCACUACAUCAAGUCAUCUUACAAGCCAUCAUCGUAUUCACACUGGAGAGAAACCACACAGCUGUGAAGAGUGUCGGAAAACGUUCAAUACAUCAAGUGAACUCACAGUGCAUCGUCGUAGUCACACGGGAGAGAAACGAUUCUGGUGUGAGCAAUGUGGGAAAACCUUUUCUCAUAAAGUUAGUCUUAAGAUGCACGAACACAUUCAUACUGGAGAGGAACCAUAG